AACCAACCGGUGUCAAUAAACAUAACCAUUUGGAAUUUCACUACUUGAAUAAUGUUUAAGAAGAAAAAUAAACUUAAAUAAUAUUAUCUAUAAUUAUAAAGAAUAGGAACCGAUUUCUUGAAUUAAAAACACUAAUAUUUGUCUUUAAUCCAAUUAAAAAUAUUAGUGCGGAAAAAGGUUUUCAUUCGUUAUUUUGCAUGAACGAUCAAAUACAAAAUGAUGACAGAAACUGAAUGGCUCGCAUUGAUAAAUGCUGAAUCAACGUAUGAACACAUAUGUUUCGAUGAUGCUAUUCCAAUUACUCGUCUACAAAAAGCAUUACUUUGUGGUUCAUUGGGAAAAAUUCAACAAAUACUCAAUGAAGAAUACAAUCUAAAUUUAUCAUCUCAAAAUGAUUGGGUUUCAAAGUGCAAAGAAAUAAUCAAUAUUUGUAUAGAUCGUGAAAUUGAUGUCAAUCUUUCCACUAACAAAUAUUCCACUUUGUUACAUUUUGUUGCUGAAAAUCUUUACGAUGAUUUUGAAUCCGUUUUAUUUAAAUGUAAAAAUUUCGACAUUAAUGCACAGAAUAUUGCGUUUACUGGUCGUCAAAUUUCAUUGAUUCAUCUUGUAAUAAAAAUGGGAAGAAAGGAUUUAGUUGAAAUUUUAAUAAAAUUUGGUGUAAAUUUAAAUGCACGAGAUUUACCUUAUUAUGAUACACCGCUAAUAUAUGCCGUUGUCACUGUACAAAUAGAAAUAGCCGAAAUGCUUUUAACAGCGGGAGCUGAUGUCAAUGCUAAGGAUUCGUUAUGGAUGAAACCAAUAAAUUUGGCCUUUGGUGAAAUAGGGAGAAAUAGUCGUUUCAAUUAUGGUAAAAAAUUGCCUAAAUGGGAAUUAAUAAAUCUUUUGUGUUUAUAUGGAGCUACUUUAGAUUUUGACAAUAGAAGUGGAAUAAAUUCAUUGAAUUUCGCUUGUGAAAGUGGCAAUUUAGAGGAAGUGGAAUUUUUAAUGCAAUAUGGAGCUGAUUUGUUUAAUAGAAAUGAUAAGGGUGAUACGCCACUUCAUUAUGCUAUUUUGGGAAAUAAUUACAAACUUAUUGACUUUUUAUUACGUAAUGAAAUGCAUGUUGACGUCGAUAAUUAUUAUGAUCAAACUUCUAUUCAUCAGCUGAUAACAGAUUGUAUUAUUAACAUUGAUAAAAUUCAUUCUAAAUUUGAUGAAUGGGAUAUACCAAUUUUUAUUGAACAUCAGUGGGAAUUAGAAUUUGAAAAUAAAGAAUUGCAAAAAUGUGCUGAUAUGAUAGAAUUUUUUGUGGACAAUGGUGCAAGUUUAAACACUAUUAACAAUGAAGGUAAUACACCAUUGUCGGAUAGUAUUUCAUUUAAUUUUCUUGAAAUUGUUGAAUGCCUUUUGGAAUUAAAAGCCGACGUUGACUACCAACAUAAUUCCACUUAUCUUCUUAUUUAUGUUGACUACAUUGAUCAAAAUGAAGAUGUUUAUUCAGAAAGAGUUGAUACAUGUGUAUUGGUAACUGCUUUUUUGGCAACGAGAAAUGUUGAUAUUACUGAAUAUUUUCCACCAAUGUUGUCCAAUGAAUUUGAAUGGGUCAAGCCAUUUUUUGAUGAAUGCCAAAUUGAAGUAAGCCAAUUGAAGAAAAAACGUAUUUGCGAUAAUCGAAAUAUUAGUUUCUUUGAUUUUUUAUUCAAAGAUAUAAUGAAAGUUAUGCUCUUUUGUCGAAAUGAAAAAGUAAUGUCCACUAUUGAAUGUGUUAAUUAUAAAAAUGAAUUUAGAUGUUAUAAAUAUUUCUUUAAAAAACGAAUCGAAAGAGUGCAACAUUUGAAAAAAUGUAUGAAUGCUUUAACGCGAUUUUUAAAAGAGUUCUUUAAAAGAAGUUUACCUUGUGUUGUUGUUAAUGAAUUAUUUUGUUAUUUAACAGCUGGUGAUCUGCGAAAUUUUGGUAGGGCUUUGUGUAUAUCGAAAGAUUGUCCUAAUGGAAAAUAUAUUAUUGGAGAAAGUAAUAAUUAGUUCUUUGAAAAAUUAAUAACAUUAAAUGUUUUAUUAUUAAUUGUAAUGUUUACAAUAUUGUCAAAUGUAAAAAUAUAAAGAUACGAAUAUUGA